AUGGCGGCGCUCGCAGCGAAGGGUGCUGCUGUGCCGCCCGUGCGGCUCUCGCGCGUGGCGCGGGCGCUGUGGGGAUGGCGCGUGCAGCGGGGGCUCGUGCAGGACGCGGGGCCCGCGGGCGAAAAAAGGGAGGCGAAGCCUGCUUUUACGGAUGAAGCGGUUCAGGAUUUGCUGUACAGGAUGACGGGGCUGAACCUGCAGAAGGUUUUCCGUCCGGUUCGGCAGGAGCUGAAGCCGCCCAAGUACCGGCUGCUGACGGAGGCUCAGCUGCAGGAGGCCACGAGAAAAGCCAUUGAGGAGGCCAAAGAAAAGCUGAGAAUGCCGCCAGUGCUGGACGAACGAGAGCCCAUUGAUGAUGUGUUAGCAGACGACAAAGUCCUCGAGGGAACUGAAACUGCGAAAUACGUGUUUACAGAUUUAACUUAUGCCACUCCGCAUCGUGAACGUUUCAUUGUCGUUAGAGAACCAAACGGUGUAUUACGUAAGGCAACCUGGGAAGAGCGAGACCGCAUGAUACAGAUCUUCUUCCCCAAAGAAGGGCGCAGAGUUACUCCCCCAGUGUUAUUUAAGGACGAACACCUCGGGACUGUGUUUCAGCAAGACCGUCAUGAAGAUAUUCUUAACAUGUGCAUUGCUCAGUUUGAGCCAGAUUCAGCUGACUAUAUCAGAGUUCAUCAUCGAACAUAUGAUGACAUUGAGAAACAUGCAAAAUACGAUCUGCUCCGCUCAACAAGGCACUUUGGAGGCAUGGUGUGGUACCUGGUAAACAGAAAGAAAACGGAUGGCUUGCUGAUAGAUAUGAUCAACAGAGACUUGCUGGAUGAUGCCACAAGUUUAAUCACACUGUAUCACAUGCUUCAUCCCGAAUGUCAGUCAGCAAAAGAAGCCAAAGAAGGGAAACUUCAUGGAAUUGAUCUGAUCAAGGUCUUUGUGAAAACUGAAUCACAGAAAGAAGGCUAUAUACAAUUGGCCCUCCAGGCAUACCAAGAAGCAAUGGCUACAUCUACAGCUUCAUGAAAUAAACAAUUGUUUAUCAUUA